AUGGAUUCCAUCUAUGCGUGCUCAUCGUGCACGGUUCCUCAACUUCUUGGUCGCGACACUCCGCUGUCGCUGCCGCGAACCUGGAAUUCGAUUGCUACAUCUUCACUUCGGCGAUCAAAGAAGGCGCGGCGUGUGCGGGUUUUGAGCUCCGCCGCGACGAGCGGCGCUGUUUCGAGGGCGCUGCAAGGAGCGAGCAGCACUGCUCUGGAGCAGCUCGACAUCGAGCGAGGCGUCUGCAUCCCUUUCCGCAAAUAUUCGCCCGAGAUCGUGAGGAGUAAGGUAUUAGAAUCAAGAGGAUCCACUUUGUCACUUAUAUUGCGAGGAGUGGAGAUAGUGUGGAAUCUGGGCUUGUACUGGUCUAACUUGGUGUAUGAUUUCCUGGUUGGAAGGGAUGAAGAGGUUGUUCCAUAUCGUGCACGACAGCUGAGGAACCUCUUGUGUGAUUUGGGGCCUUCCUUUAUUAAAGCUGGUCAGGUCCUUGCAAACAGGCCAGAUAUCAUUCGAGAAGAUUAUAUGAAUGAACUUUGCAUCCUUCAAGAUGAUGUUCCUUCAUUUCCCAAUCAAGUAAAGCUUACCACUAUUGCGUUCAGAAUCAUAGAGGAGGAUCUGGGUCAACCUCUUGAAGCAGUUUUCAGCAAAAUCUCAUCAGAGACAAUAGCAGCUGCAAGUUUAGGGCAAGUUUACCGAGCUACAUUACGUGCCACUGGCGAAGAUGUUGCUAUCAAGGUUCAGAGGCCUGGGAUAGAGCCCAUUAUAUAUCGGGAUCUUUUCCUAUUCCGCACCCUAGCUUCAUUCUUAAAUGGCAUUAGUAUGCAGAAACUGGGAUGUAAUGCUGAGCUGAUUGUUGAUGAGUUUGGUGAAAAGCUUCUGGAAGAGCUUGAUUAUACCCUGGAAGCCCGUAAUCUUGAAGACUUUCUUGAGAACUUUAAAAAUGACCCUACUGUCAAAAUUCCUAGGGUUUACAAACAAUUUUCUGGUCCACGUGUGCUGGUAAUGGAAUGGAUUGAUGGUAUCAGGUGCACCAACCCACAGGCUAUCAAAGAAGCUGGUAUUGAUGUAGAUGGAUUUUUAACAAUUGGAGUGAGUGCUGCACUACGACAAUUGUUGGAAUUUGGAUUAUUUCACGGAGACCCUCACCCUGGAAAUAUUUUUGCUAUGCGUGAUGGCCGAAUUGCUUAUGUGGACUUUGGCAAUGUUGCUGUUCUCAGUCAGCAAAAUAAACAGAUUUUAAUUGAUGCUGUUGUUCACGCUGUGAAUGAGGACUAUGCUGAAAUGGCUAAUGAUUUCACUAGAUUAGGUUUCCUGUCACCAGGAACUGAUGUCACACCUAUAAUUCCUGCUUUGGAAGCAAUUUGGCAGAAUUCUGCUGGAAAAGGACUGUCGGAUUUUAAUUUUCGAAGUGUCACUGGGAAGUUUAAUCAGUUGGUUUACAAUUAUCCCAUUCGAAUUCCUGAAAGGUUUUCACUUGUAAUUCGUUCUUUAUUGACCCAAGAAGGCAUCUGUUUUACCCUGAAACCCGACUUCAAAUUUCUUGAGGUUGCCUAUCCUUAUGUGGCUAAGCGACUACUGACUGACCCAAAUCCAGCUCUACGUGAACGCCUCAUACAGGUUCUAUUCAAAGAUGGUCUUUUCCAAUGGAAACGGCUUGAAAACCUUAUUGUUCUUGCGAAGGAAAAUGUGGCCAAGAUGAGUAGCAAUCCGGCAUUGAAAGUGAAAGACACGAAAAUCCAGAGAGAUUGGAAAGUUGAAAGAAAAUUGGACCUCACUGACACAAUCAAAGAUGGAGCUCGCCUUUUCUUUGUUGAUGAAGGAAUACGUAGACAGCUUCUUCUUGCUUUGACUGAGGAUUCAAAGCUUCAUAUUGAAGAGGUUUGUGUUAAUUUUAUGACCCUUUCCACUCCCUUCAAGGUCCACAAUCUUGUGCUGGAUUCUGACUCGUAUUCUCUACAGCUUGUCGAUGUGUAUAGGUUGGUCGAAGAUCAGAUAGACAUACCUUCUGUGGCUGUAGAAGUAGCUAGAGACUUACCAACAGUUGUCAGGGAUCUCCUACUUUCAUGGAGUGAGUCAAUCUUGUAUGGAUAUCAGUCAAAUAUUUUAAUUGUUCAGAUCAUAUCAAACCCAACUCAAGUGUUGGGUAAGGUAAUCAUGGAGGUGGUUCGCGGUGUGGUUCACGGUGCAGAUUGGGGAUGUUUCGCCGAGGGGAGAUCGCAGCAAGAGCAACAGCAACAACACUUGGAACUGAAGCACCAAUCCAUUCCCUUCGUACGAGAUAAGUGUAAAGCGGUGGCAUGGGAGGCACAUACAAAGGCUUAUGCCUUGGCGACCACCAAGGUUGUGCAUUGCUUAACAAGGCUCAUCAGCUCUGAUGGUUGCCAUAGAAAAAGAUGCAUGGAGGAUCUUGAAUUAAAUAUCAACUGGGAUGAUGUAGUCUGUCCUAUAUGUUUGGAUUUUCCUCAUAAUAGUGUUCUUCUCCAGUGUUCAUCCUUUGAUAAUGGAUGUCGUGCUUUUGUCUGUGACACAAAUCAAUUGCACUCUAACUGUUUGGAUCGCUUCAGAAAUUCCUGUGGCGUGCCAUCCUCUCCUACAUCUACUACUGUUUCUGCUGAAAACGCUGAAAAUAGUGAUUCUAAGGAGUCAAAUGAUCAAUGCAAUUUGACUUGUCCCUUGUGUAGAGGUGAGGUUUCUGGGUGGAUUGUCAUUGAUAAAGCUCGCGGUCAUCUUGAUGAGAAGAAGCGCUGUUGUGAUGAGGUGCAAUGUACAUUCAUGGGAAGUUACCUGGAGCUACAAAAACAUGUUCAGCUUGAACAUCCUCAUGCACGCCCCUCAAAAGUUGAUCCUGCCCGCCAACUUGAUUGGGAGAAUUUUCAACAAUCAUCAGAGAUCAUAGAUGUUUUGAGUACUAUUCAUUCAGAAAUUCCUAGAGGGGUGGUUCUAGGAGAUUAUGUGAUUGAAUAUGGGGAUGACGAUGCUAGAGAUGAAUUUGAGGACUUCCCUGGAGAUGAGGGCAACUGGUGGACCUCUUGUAUUCUGUACUUUGAUAACUUCAGACGAUCGAGAAAUAGAAGAAGGGCAAGAGUCAGUCAGACAAGAAGGGGUAAUCGCCGAUUAAGUUAUGAUACUUCAAAUUCUGAUGAAGGUUCCGUAGCAUCUAUGGAGUAUGCAGAUUAUAGAAUAGAAGAGGCUGAUGAUGAUUUUGUUAGUACUAGUGGCUCUGCGAGGGGUAGCAGUGGUGGUUAUCGCAGUUGUAAACUAGAUCCCAUAGACGCCGUUCCCGCUUUAAUGACAAUUAGGUAUGUUUUGACUGCUCAAGAGUUCAUCUUUCUGUUAUUGUUAAAAGACAGUAUGCGAAUUGAAGGAAAGCAAAAGUUCAAGGGACAUGAAAAAACCUGUGAUGUGCCAUGUAAAGAUUACAUUUAG